GGAAGUUGUGUUCUUGACUCGUUGCUUAUUCGUCAGCGGACAUCAUUCUCUGGGUCUCUCGACUGUCUCCCACAGAGAUUCCGAUCGUCUGUUGGGAGCUGUAGUGGUACUCUAUCACAGUCUCACAAGCGCCGACAUCGUUCUUUCACGACUACUCCAAGUCUACACGACCACCAUCCCCAUGAACCUAGAACGUCGCACCCUGUGGGCUCUGGUGACGCCCUCGACCGUCGAUUCGGUCUCAUACUUGGCCUCUCCUCUCCUGUCGUCUGCUGCUCGACGUGUCAAAACCCAUGGCCGGUAUUUGGCUCUCGUGUCCAUUUACAUCCACCAGCCGGACCUCCCUGCGUCGGUGUUCCCUGUGUGUGCCAUCGACGAUCGUGAAUCCUUGCCGAAACAAUACAUUCCGAUUGCAAGUGCGUGCGGUCCCCGCCUUGCUACCCAGCCUCGAUUCGCUUGGCGCCACGGCCCUUGCGUCGUAGACACGACCAGAGCUUUUGAGGUCAUACCUGUCUUUGAAACAGCCCUGCCAGGCCCCGAUUCGCCAAAUGCGCUCGACUCCCUGUCUGCACAGUCUGUGCUAUAUAACCUGUCCGAUGACAUGCACACCGUUCGGAGCAGCCGCAGGGAGAGUAAACGGAUCGAGAUGGAAGAGGCUGGCCCUCGCUUCGCAGAACUGGACAACGAGUUCUCGCGCUGGAGUGCAUUCGGCUCGUUCAAAAGCACGAAAGCACGCCCCGCACCGGGUGACUGGGGCGUCCCGCUCGCUAUCUCGGCUCGGGUCAGUUUCGACAUAACCGAGAUGGAAGAGUCGCCGAUUCCUUUGAGGCCAUUCCACGAAGAGUUCCGAGAUGUCGAGCGGUACGAUACCGGUCAUGUUCUGGAGAAUGGGCCAGGUCCGUCGAAGGUUUCUUUCUUCCAUCUGUCUCUCUUAGCAGGUCUGCAGGCAUUAUGCGGAACACUCGACAGUCCUCUUGAGCAAGACGUGAGCGACUUGACGGAUCCGACUUUGAUGGAGCUGUGCGCCAGUCUCCCCGAUCCCGACCCCGACCCAGAGCCCGACCCAGUGCCUGUUCCAAAGAUUGUUUCCGAGCCUGCUUUAAAGGCGGCCCCACAGUCUGCGCCGGAGCCCGACCCAGAGCCCGACCCAGAGCGUCUCAGUGGAGAGACCGUCGGGUCCGAGGAUUACAUGGCGCUCAUUGCGAUGGAACAUUCGCUGCUCGCUCAAGAAGAAGAUGACCUUGUCUUCACUCGCAUGUUCGGUCCUGCUUUCACGUCCCGAGAUUUCAAUCAUCUCCCUGUCGUGUCUCCGCCGGACAUACAAAUCGUCUACGUGGACUUGUAUGGCACCCUCAUCGACAACGAGACAGGCAUCUACAACGCUCUGCUUCCUGUGCUCGACCUGUGCGGUCAAUCUCUGAGUCGAUCUAAGGCUCUCACUCUGUAUUUCGACAUCGAGGACGACUGGAAGAAGAGGUUCCCUGGGCUGAUAUACUCGGAAAUAAUGAGGAAAUCAUACGACGACUUCCGUUUACGGCUCGGACUGGAUUGUAGCCCGGGUGGAGCAGCAAAGUUUCUCGAAUCGUUCUUUGACUGGCCCUUGUUUCCUGACGCCGUCGAAGCCUUGUCCCAACUCGUACCUGGCCUGCUCGUUCUCGCCGGUGUCGCUGACGUCGAUUUCGAAACGCUGUUCAAAUGCGCAGCCUUCCAGGCGCUGCACCCUUACUUGACUGAGCUCCUGACGUGGGACGCCGUCAGGUGUUAUCGACCUCACAAGCAUCUGUACGACAUGAUAUUCCGAUACUAUGACACAUCCAGAGUCCCUCGGGCGUGUUGGACGAUGAUCUCCGGCAGUUUGUUUCGCGAUAUCGAAUCGACGCGACCAUUCGAUGUGUCCGGCAUAUGGGUGAAGCGUCCGGGAACUCUCGCUCGCAACUUUCAGGAGCCAGAUGACGGGAUACCUUACGCGUGGGCCGUCUGCGACGACGUUCUGGAUGCUGCCUCGUGCCUCCUCCGGCACCGGCGAUACGCACACAGCUCCAAGUGGUUGAUCGCUUCGUAAGACUUGUCCACUGUUUCCGGUGCAAUGCCGAGGGGAAAAUGACACGUCUGACUCUUUUUCUCCGCUCCAUCAUUCCUCCGCAUGCUUUGUUUCUGAUUAUUCAUCGCGUCUCAUCUCGUGUUAUGCGGAGUUACAGAGUUUGAAUAGAGCAGAAGACCGAUGUCUUUUGUGUGUACGGUGAGAAGAGAUGAUGCAAGCUCCUUUUGCACGCUUGCCAUGCAUGACUUGGGCUUAGAUGACAGAUCAGCGCCCGCAGAAGCCUGCGAGCCGCAUGUGCCAUUUGGUCCAUUCUUCCGAAGUACGAGUCAGCAAGAACGUCCGAUGAUGCAUGGGGCAUUAAAUACAUGCGGUGAAGCCCUUGGACGAGUCAGUCAUUAGAUAACCUCACUCCACAUGCAUUGUUCGCGUUGUCAUCGUCCGAACCGCGUCAAUAGAUGGUAGUCCUCAGAGUUGUCACCGGCACUAUGUUAAACAUCAGGAUUGAGAAAAAUGAGCUCAAAGUAAGUAGACGCACGCGCCUUAUCGGGUACUAGGCCUCACGUUGUGUCAUUAAUGUC